AUGCUACACAUCGCAUCCUGGAGCUUUCUGGCUGCCGCCCUGCCUGCUGCAGUCAGCCCAGCCCAGCGACCUUUCCUCCCCACGGAUCACUCCCAGAACUAUGAGUUCGAUCCUCUCCUCCACCUACCGGGCACCUCGCCUUACUUCGACGCAGUUGGCUUCGGCCUCCGCCACAACGCUCCCGUUGGCUGCAAAGUGACAGCCGCUUCCUACCUUGUCAGACAUGCAGCCAUCUACGCGAACGACGAUGAGUACGAAAAAUACAUCAAGCCCUUCUUGUGGAAGCUUGAGAAACACCGUGGCGGGUUCUCUGGGGAGAUGGCAUUCCUGAAUGACUGGCAUUCACCGAUCCUCGAGGACAAAUUGGAAGACAUCACUCCAUCUGGCAAGGAAGACGCGAGAAAAGUCGGCAAACAUCUCCUGCAGCGAUAUCCAGAUCUCGUACCUACAACGAAGCGCAUCCUCGCGGAUAAGAAGCCACGAACCUACGAUACUGCGGUGGCGAUGUCGCAAGCUUUCCCAGACCCGGAGUCGAUCGAGGUCGUCCGCGUUCUGCACGACGUCAACGGCAGUAUGGAUGCUCUCAUUCCACACAAAUCGUGUCCUGCGUUCAGUAAGGAGCCAGGCACAGACCAAAUGGCCGCGUUUGUGGACGUGUACGGCACCAAAGCAGCCCGCCGACUUGCAGAAUUUGCUGCCUUUGAUAUGACACCCAAUGACGUUCUCGGCUUGCAGUCAAUCUGCGGUUACCAAUCAGCGAUCGAAGGCAAACGCAGUCGGAUUUGCUCCUUAUUCACGGACGAGGAAUGGAUGGGCUACGAAUACGCUUGGGACUUGCGAUAUGCCCAUAUGGUUGGCCCGUUGAACCCCCUGUCCCCAUAUCUGGGCUUUCCAUGGCUUCAGAGUCAACUGGAGAUCCUCAGCGACUACCAUGAGAACACCAACCGUGAUGGCUGGCCAAAAGAUCAACGUUUCUUUCUGGGUUUUACACAUCGCGAAGUUCCACCCUUUGUUGCUACGGCACUCGGUAUCUUCAACUCCUCAUCGCCGGAGGUCGAAGAGUUUCCCACCGAUCGCAUCAAUUGGGUCCGAGCCUGGAAAAUGAGCGACCUCAUCCCGUUCCUUGGACAUGUUGGCAUGGAGAGGAUAUCCUGCGGACCCAAGUCAGCCACCGGAGCACAAGAUUAUAUCCGCUUUAUCGCCAAUACGGCCCCUCGCCCGAUACCGAACUGUCAAACUGGCCCUGGUGCGAGCUGUCCACUGGAGGAUUUCCAAGAGAUUGUCAACGCCGGAGCAAAGAAGUACGGCGACUUCCACGGCGUAUGUGGUGAAAGUCCGAAACGGUAG